CUGUCGUUUAUGCCGAAAAAUAGUGCUUGCAAAAGGUGGAAAUACCACGAAUUUAAGAAGUCAUCUGAGACGUCGACAUCGUGCAGAUUUUUUCGAGAGCACUUCUUCCUCGACCUCUGGAGCUUUGUUUGAGGCUCAAGGUGAUUUACCACCAAAUUCAGCACUUUUCACUGCGAGAAUUGUGAAUCUAAAGUGUGCAUCAAUUUUAAGUCCUAUUGCACUACUGCAUUCAUCCACCCCCUUAAAACUGACAGAAUGUAAUUGCAGCCGGGCACUAUGGGGUUUUAUAAACUUGCAUUGCAUUGGGGAGCAGAUAAAGGUGAAACAAUAGUCCCUAACCCGGAUGCUGUUUGCAUACUCUUUGCUAAUUUAUAGCACUGGUCACAUGAUAUGGUAUAUCUUGUUUUAAUCUUUAAUGUUGCAACGUAGAGUUAUUUGAGUCUGUUUAGUGUGUCACAUCGAUGAAUGCAACGUUUCAAUCCGACCAUGCAUUGUUAUUGUAUUUAACACAUCCAAAGAGUAUAUACAAUCAAAAUAGUUCCUUACGUCGCUUAAUUAACACCGCCAGCAAGUUUCUAAGGGUCUGUUUCUUUAAACGGGGGUAAUCUAAUGUCAAGUUCUUUCACAAAUAAUGGAAUGUACAUGUCACAGGUAGGGGCACUGAUAACCUGUACACUAUACAACACAGAGUUCAUUCAUGUUACAGUGUUAUUACUAACAAAACUUAGCGAAAGAGACGUGUACGCAUGCGCAGAGAAGAUGCGACCCCAGGACCAGAACUGUUUUACGGCAGUCUCAUACCCUUGUUGUUGCCAUGGUAUCACCUAAACAGCCAUGCACCCAGUCUGCUGUAAAGAGCUGAUGGAGGUGUUUGGGAAAUGUUGGCAUUAAAAUAUCGUUUGUAAUGGGAUAUGCUGCGCGUGUCCCGCUGGUGUGAUAUGUCGCAAAUAACGACAGUUAUGCGGUUGGUGCAGUGAUUGGUCAGUUUGAGCCGCCAUCUUUACCGUUUUAAAAUCCCUCUUCUUAUCGACUGACCCCGUCUCCUCAAUACAGGCUGAUAAUGACUGUGGUAUAAUCGCCGUAUAGCACCGUAACCUGACUACUCGAGCGGUAUCACUCCGCUUUGUUUACAUCCUAACACCUGUGCUCGCUUCAUUUGACAUUUAUUACAAAGCACAGCUGGUGGAGCUAGCAGCUAACAGUAUGAAUGCACACCUGAGGGAUUCCCGUGAACAUUUGUUUGAACCUGAUACGAAAACUAAAGAAGAAAUAAUUCUGAAAGAAGAGGAAGAGUCACAAGAAGAGGAAGAGUGUGAGGUGAAUACCACUGACAUUUGUAGACAUGCAGUGGUAUCAGACUUGGAACUAGACGAACUUGAAGACAGCAGGACUGAAAUAAGUAAGGUUACAAAGAAGCAGACGACAUGGGCUGUGAAUUGCUUCAUUGGCUGGCUGGAGUCCCAGGGGCUCCAGGUGGACCUGACUGCAGUGGAGAAGACUGAGCUGAACGGGCUGCUGAGACACUUUUAUGGAUCAGUGCGUAACAGCAAAGGAGAGCUGUAUGGGAUCGCUAGUUACAUUGCACUGAGGGCUGGGCUCAACCGUUACUUCAAAGAGCCUCCCGUCAGCCGCCCUGUGUGCUUAAUGAGGGAUGCUGAGUUCACCUCAGCCAACAAGGUUUUCCUGGGAGUGCUCAAGAGAAUAAGGAAGUCGGGUCGAGACAUAACAUCACACCAUCAGGCACUGUCCCCCAACGAUAUCUGCAUCCUCAGACACUCGCGUGUGAUGGACACCAGCACUCCAAGGGGACUUCUGAACAAAGUCUGGUUUGAUAUACAGGUACAUUUUGGCCGUAGGGGGAAGCAAGCUAACAGGAAUCUAAAGCCAGAUUCAUUUGUAAUCAGAAAAGACGAGAGGGGACUGAGAUACUGCACUUUAUCCUUCGGUGAUGAGGCAAAAAUUCAUAACGAGAAGGACCAAAGCACUAUGCUUGAGAAGCCAGGCAGUGAAUUCUGUCCCAUUACUUCUCUUCUAAAGUACCUCAGCAAGCUCCCAACCAAUGCAACAGCCCUUUACUUGCAGCCUAAGAAGGAGCUGACAGAUGAAAUGUGGUACAGCCACGUACCCCUAGGAGUCAAUUAUCUGGGCUCAAUGCUGGCUCGCAUGUGUAAAGAAGCCCGCACGUCAGUCAUCUAUACCAAUCACUGCAUCAGAAGCACACCCUUUCACCACCUGUGUGUCACAGGACUGGAGGGGAGAGAUCUUAUUCCUGUCAGUGUGUGCAGGUCUGAAGGCUCCCUCCAAAGUCACCAGACGCCAUCCCUCGGGAGCCGUAUGCAGCGGGGCGAGAUAGUGCCAGAGAGCGAUUCAGCUGGCCCAGCAGGUUUGGAUUUAAACCAGGAAGAAUUUUUCGAGGAUGUUCCGUUUCUCCAUACUGCAGCAAACCAAAACUAUGUCCCAGACGCUGUGCUGCCGCCGGGAGAGCCGUGGCUUCACGGCGGCCCCUCCCGGGCGGUGCUGUCCCUGCCUUCCUGCCUGUGCCUGUGCAGGGACAUUGGGUCUGAGAUGUCUGGUUCUGGAUCUUCUGGCGAAGAGCAGAUGGGAGAGAUGAAGGUGUACGCCAAGUGUCACCUUCAGCAAGGAGUCAUGUUUGGGCCAUUUUUAGGAGAAGUGUGCCGAGGACAAAUGCCGACCAACCUCAGAUACUCCUGGGCUAUCAGGGAUGAUGCUGCAUUUGUCUACGUCGAUGCUUCUGAUGAGAACAAAUCUAACUGGAUGAGGUACGUAACGUAUACUAGCAAUGAGGAGGAACACAACCUGGUCGUCUUCCAGUUUUACCGUCGCAUAUACUACAGGGUUUCCCAGCCCAUCACAGAGGGAACAGAGCUCAGAGUCUGGAUCGGCAAGGAUUAUGCCACCUUGCUGGGUCUGGGGAUGGGUGACAAUGUGAAAUGUGAAGUGGGAGAUAAGGAGACGGUUCUACGCCUCCUGCAGGACAUCCAAUUGGUCACCCUUCCAGAGCCCAGCAGCUCUUCCCUUUGGUCAGACCACAGCCAAUCACAGAGCCCCAUGCUUGUGAUCAGUGACGUGACGACGAUGUCAAAUCCGGAUGCAGCCAGUGAUUCAGGCAUGAUUUCUGGCUCUGUCUUCCCCACCUCCUCCCUGAUCUCCUUCCCGUCCCCCAGCUCUCAUCCAUCUGAAAAGUACGAUUUCAUGCCUGGAACUGAGAAGCUGCUGAGUAACCCAAACGCCACGCAGAACAGUCCUUGGUACUUUUUUGGGUUUGAGCCUGACCCAACCGGUCGGCCUCUGGACCGGAGCACUGUGGUGUGUAAGCUGUGUGGGGAUAAUGUGGGCUGUGGAGGAGGAGCAGUGGAUCUCCAAAACCAUCUGACUAACAAGCACCACAUCAGACCACGUGACGUUAACAAGGAUCGAAUAGGUCAACAACGCUCACAGCCAAUGAUGGUUAACAGCGGUCUGGUCAGUACACUCCCCCUGGUAUUGUCUGCUCAUGUGACCGAUGCCAUCGCCAACUUUCUCAUCAUGGACCUCCAGCCCCCUGCUCUGGUAGAAGGGGAAGGCUUCAAACAGCUGAUCCACACCCUCCUGCCCUCCUACAAGGAGCUGCCUUCACCUUGUCAGCUCGAGAACCUCCUGAAAGAAAACCAUACCAAAGGCAAGACGAGCCUGGCUCAGCUGCUGAGGAGGAAAAUGGGAAGUGGAGAAAAUGAGGAGAUAUCUGACUACACUGCUCCCAUCGAGUUUGAGUCCAGGAGACGUGGGCGACCUCCCAGCCAUUGGAGGGAAGUUCCUCACUUUGUCACUUUAAGUGUGGAUGUUUGGUUCCACAAUUGGCAGGGCAACACUGAGAGGUACCUCACCCUCUGGGCACAUUACAUAAACUGUGACUUUAAUUUUCAGAACCUGGCCCUGGCAACCCAAAGACUGACAGAGAGCGGGGUGAAAGAUCACAGUCUUCGAGCACUGGAGGCUCAGGUGAAAGUGAUGGCCCAGGAGUGGGGAAUCUCACAGCCUAAUAUGGUCUUGCUGGGAGGGGAGGGAAGGAACAAGAUGAGGCCGGGGCCGAUUAAGUGUGACAAAAGUGGAGAGGCUGCGGGAAGCGUUCCUCACCCGAACUCCACAACAUUUCUUGAGAGGGACGACUCUGUGUCGCCUGAGGAACCACGUGGCUCAGAGCACGGCCAUUCUAGUGAAGGACUUCCAUCUGUGCCAUGUUUCUUCAGCGCUGUGCAAGGCUGCAUUGAGGAAGUGAUGUCACAUCCUGUCAUCUCCAAGACCCUCAGCCAAUUCCAGAGUGUUCUGUCAACCCUGUUCUUGCCUCCGGCUCAAAACAAAAGCUUGUAUCAGUACCACACCCACAGUCUGUUGAAGACCCUGACGAAACAAGAACAGGCAGAGCUGAAGUCAUGGGCUCAUAGCCGGCCAACUUGGAAUAAGCUGUACCCUUUACUGAGCACCCUCAUCAAACAUAAAAGCUUUCUUUGUGAUAUGAUGAGAGAGAUUAAAGGUGAGGGUUUGUCUAAAGAAGACACUUCUUCAGAAUCCAGUUCAUCUGGCAGCUGCCACGCAAACUCCACGUCCACCACGUCCCCAACAAGCGCUACAACCUUGCGAUCUGAAUGGAAGGUUCUGGAGGAACUGUGUUCGGUCCUCAAACCUCUGGACGUGGCAUGUCGAACUCUCGCCAAAGAGGCAUUCCCCCGUCUGUCCCUCAUCAAACCCAUUCUAACCGGCCUGCUCUCUCGCCACCUCAUGUCGCGGCCAGGAGAUUCGUCGUCCACCCUGAAGGAAGUGAAGAGGAUGAUGAGGCGGAACUUGGCAAGCUGUUACGACAACCCUGUUGUCAACAGGGUUCUGUGUGUUGCAUGUUCCCUUGACCCCCAGUUUCACGGGCUGGGGUUCAUGGAGGAGAAGGAGCAGACAGCCACUUUUGACUGGUUGAAGAAAGAGGCUGUUAGGAUUGUGAAGGAAGACCGGAGGAGAAGCAAAGGUAAGAAGUAUAGCCAGAGCAAGAGAAGCCCCUCACCUGGUUCUCCUGAGUCGGAGAGUGACCUGCGGAGGAGCAAGCGCCUCAAAGAUUCCCGCCCAAUCAACUUCAAAGAGCUCGUCGACGAAGAGGAAGAGAGCGAUACAGGUGAGGCAGAUGAGAGCGAGUUGCUGGAUCCUGGUUCUCAAGGUGGGCUCUCUGGUAUGGAGUUCCUCCUGGGAGACCUGUUCUGCUCCACCCCCAGGAGCAGGCAGAACUCUGUGGAGGAGUCUAUAGACAUGGAGAUGUCUGUCUUCAGAGCCGACAAGGGGACUUCUCUGGGAGUGGAGCCCUUGCAAUGGUGGAGGACGAAGGCAGUGCAGUUUCCACUGUUGGCCACAGUGGCACGGGCCUAUCUGGCUGCCCCGGCAGUGGCAGGUAACGCUGCACAGGACUUUGUGGCGGAAGGAGCGAGGGCCACGUAUAGAAAGAGAGCCUACAUUCCACCAGAAAGUUUGGAUUCGAUCUUGUUCCUACACCACAACCACAUGCCUACCACUGAGAGUGGGCAAACAGCAGUGGCACAUAAUUAGCCUGUUGAGAAAAAAAAUGGAGAACAGCACAAUAUCCCCACAAGGACACAAACAGAUGCUAUGUUUGGAUGCAGUACACACAGAGGUGUUAAGUGUAAUUCAUUUAUUGGGAUCAAAGCUUGAGACUGAAGAGAAGAAAGACAAAGAAAAUCGGUUUGUACUGUGUAUAGUUUGGACUGUUAUCCUUCUGAUCUACAGUUAACUUUGCUGUGUGCAUUAAGUACCUUGUAGCGCCUAGUGCCUUACCUCCCUUGUAUACAAUCACACAGUAGAUCGGUAGGUAUUCCUAAUUUUUAUUUUUGAUCCUUAAUGCUCAUUUUUAAACGAAUGUGUGUAACUGUGAUUACAAGUUUGUGGAUUGUUUACUACUACCUUUGCUUAUGCACCACGUGUUUUAUGUUAUUAACAGUGUUGGGCAGUAACUCAUUACUAGUAAUAAUUUUCCUUUUCCCAGUAACUAGUAGUGUUACUCCUCCAUAAAAUAAUUAGCUACAAUAUUACUUUCGUUGUCACCCUCCCCUAAUUUUUUUUUUUUUUAUGAUUAACAGUUUAUUGGCUUAAAAUAUUGGUUCAAAAUAGAAUGUAAGGAAGACAUAGCGCGAUCAUAGACAAAAACUAAACUAAAAAUACAUUUUAUUAAAAAAAAAGAAGACAGUGAGUACUUGAGUUUACAACCUUGCCUGUAUAUAGGUACAGUAUUCUAUCAAAAUGUAUCCCUCGUGUUUUCUAGUUAAAUGCUCUGUUUAUGAGCCAGAAUGCCAUUAAAUGUCCAAAGUGUAGGAAUGAUACUUUCCCCAUUUCAAUUUGUUCUCCUCCACUUUAUCAAGCAACCUAUAGGACAAUUGUUCUAGGGCAGCUAGCUGACCAAGAGAGGUGUGCCACAAAGAUAGUGCUGGUGCAGAGGAGGCUUUCCAUUCUUUGACCAGAAGUUUCCGGCCUAACAUGAGGAGAGUAUGGGUCCAGUUAGAAAGUGGAGGUGUCAGAUCACUUAAUGCAGAGGGGUGUCACCCUCCCUUAAUUUGAAAUCCAAAAAUCCAGUCACAUCUUUGGAUUCAUUUUUAUGAUAAUGAUAUUUGUUAUUGUGGAGGAAACGAGUUUGGAAGAUGGAAACACUUACAAUAGGCAGCUAGAAAUAUUCCAUUACUUUGAUUGAACUAACAAAACUGGAUUGUAAUUGUUGUAAGUGAACUUUGGGGAAAAGGACACCAUUACCAAUUUUUUGGGGAGUAGCAGAAAAGUAAUAUAACUAGUAGUGUAACUAAUUACUUUUGGCAGGGAAUAAUAACUAAAGUAAUUAGAUGACUUUUUAAAAGAAUAAUCAGGAAUAUAAAUUUUGAGUAACUAACCGAGCACUGGUUAUGAAUCAGUAUAUUGUGAAAGAAAACUCCAAAGACCAGUUAUUAGAGUAAUGCUGCCUUUUGUCAGUAGAUUAUUAAUGGAACUACAGUACUACAGUGGAUGAAGCUUAUUAGCAUAAUGUCUGUAUUGUCUUAGACUGUGAUGUUCGUAUUCAUGUACAUGCAGAAUAAAUGUUUUUUUGUUUUUGAUGUCUUACUGUAAUACUGUAACUGUAAAUAUGCCUGUCACAUACUUUUUUAAAUAAAAUAUAUUACCAAUGGA